CCCAGCAAAGCAGCUUCUCUCUCUGUUUUAAUGGUGGGUGGAAGUAAUAAAUAUACAAAAUUGGUGUAGAGGGAUUGGUGGAGUGGAGCUUAUUGUCGGCGGCAGCAUCCUUUCUGUCGGCAUUAUCUCUCUCUCUGCCUUUCUAUUAGUAUUAGUGUUGCUGGAUUGAAUUACUAGCUGUGCAAUCCUCGCUUUUCCCCUUGUAUAUAUGCUAACCCUUUCCUAUCCACCUCACACAUUCUCUGCUUUUCAAUCCCUAUUCAUAUCUCCUCAUCUCCUUCCUUUGCUUUUUUCCCUUUUUCCAUUACUUAUUUGCUGCUAAUCCUCUCAUAAUUUCACAUCUUCUGUCAUCCAAUUCUGCAGAGCAUAGCAUGUGUUGGCACCGUAUAAUUUCCUACAAUUUGAAAAUCUUCUGAAUUUCAGCUUCCAUGUAUGAUAAUUAUACUCUGUUUGUAUUGGAACCCUAGCUCAAUUGGAUCCCAGACCAAAUGUCAACGACUCUUGCAGCAAUUAUAGGUGGUGCUGCUGCAGGAGGCGUGGCAUUGGUGGGGAUAUUCGUGUUUACCAUUUGGUAUUGCAUCUUCCGGCCUAGGAACGCUUCGAGAACGUCUGAUACUGCUUCUUCUGAUCCCUCUGUUCAAGUUGGGAGAGCUGUUGGAAUUGAGUUUUCUAUGCGAGAUGCUAGGAGGUUUGCGAUGGACGAAUUGUCAGCUGCUACAAAGAAUUUUAGUGACAAGAGUUUGAUAGGACAAGGGAAAUUUGGGGAAGUCUACAAAGGCUUGCUUCAUGAUGGGAUACUUGUAGCCAUUAAGAAGCGACCCGCGCCUCCUACCCAUGAAUUUAUUGAGGAGGUCCGAUAUCUUUCAUCUAUUCAACAUCGAAAUCUGGUCACUCUUUUAGGUUAUUGCCAGGAAAAUGAUGUUCAGAUUCUUGUCUAUGAGUACAUACCCAAUGGAAGUGUGUCUAUUCACUUGUAUGGUGCUGGUCAGGUUUCACAGGAAAAGCUUGAAUUCAAGCACAGGCUUCAAAUAGCUCUUGGGGCAGCUAAAGGUUUGGCUCACCUUCACUCUCUAAGUCCUAGGUUGAUACACAAGGAUUUCAAAACAGCAAAUGUUCUUGUGGACGAGAAUUUCAUAGCAAAAGUAGCAGAUGCUGGUUUACGCAAUUUUCUCGGAAGAUUUGAUUCUGCAGGCACAUCUGCUCAAGUGGCAGUUGAUGAUGUUUUUCUUGCCCCAGAGGCCAGUGAAUUCAGGCGAUUUUCUGACAAAAGCGAUGUUUACAGUUUUGGGGUGUUCCUUUUGGAGUUAGUAAGUGGGCAGGAAGCAAAAGAAUUGCUAUCUUCAGACAUCAAUCAUAAUUUGGUUGAAUGGCUGCAGAAUCUUCAGGAAGGUGGCAGCAUAUCUACCAUCAUUGAUCAGAGAUUGGGUAAUAGCUUUACAACAGAAGGCAUGGAAGAGUUCAUGCAGCUGAUUGUGCAGUGUGUGAAUCCUUCAAGUGAGAGGCGUUCUCUUAUGAGCUAUGUGGUGACCGAGCUAGAUCGGAUUCUUGAGAAAGAAAUGAGCUUGACGACGAUCAUGGGGGAAGGAACCCCAGUUGUGACCUUGGGAAGCCAGCUUUUUAUGGCUUCAAAAUAAGAAGGCUGAGUUGUUGCAUUUUGAGUGUGUUUUGAGAAAAAUAGAAGUAAAGAAUAUAUCCAGCUGUUUGAUAAUUGUAUAAAGAACAGUUGGAUAAUUUUUUAAUUUUUUCAUAAGUUUGUCAACCAAUUAAUGUUCUUGUAAACCAAACUUCUAUAUAUUGUUAAUAUUAUAGUGAGAUUGAGUUGGA